UGUCAAAAAAACACGGUAAGCUCAUCACCUUCCUUCGUACAUUCAUGAAGUCGCGCCCAACGAAACAGAAACUGAAACAGCGGGGAAUCCUGAAGGAAAGGGUGUUUGGCUGUGACCUGGGAGAGCAUCUUCUCAACUCUGGCCAUGACGUCCCCCAGGUCCUCAAGAGCUGCACUGAAUUCAUUGAGAAACAUGGCAUUGUGGAUGGAAUAUAUCGUCUGUCCGGGAUCGCCUCCAACAUCCAGAAACUACGCCACGAGUUUGACUCCGAGCAGAUUCCUGACUUGACAAAGGAUAUUUACAUCCAAGACAUCCACUGCGUGGGCUCCCUCUGCAAACUGUACUUCCGUGAACUCCCAAACCCUCUGCUGACCUACCAACUCUAUGAGAAGUUCUCGGACGCUGUUUCUGCUGCGACAGACGAGGAACGCUUGGUGAAAAUCCAUGAUGUCAUCCAGCAGCUGCCCCCACCUCACUACAGGUCAGUGCAGCCUUUGCUCUGGU